AUGUCAGAUACGAAUAAUUCUAACGAAACGGCCGGUGAGCCGAUUUCGACCAAGAACCGGGUCCUCCUAGCAGGCGCAGCAGCUAUGCAGGAUUUCGCACCCGUCAACAGCAUCUGCGCGCACCUCAACGCCUUCCACGUCUACGCGUCAGACACGAGCCGCUUCGUCGAGGCGAACCACUACUGCGGCCACGUCAACGACGAGGUGCGCCAGUGCAUCCUGUACGAUAAGCCCGGCCCCGGCGCGCGCAUCAUCGGCAUCGAGUACAUGAUCACCCCGCGGCUGUACGAGACACUGGACCGCACCGAGCGCCGCCUCUGGCACUCUCACGUCUUUGAGGUCAAGUCCGGAAUGCUCAUCAUGCCGCAGCCCGCGGGCUCGCUCGUGCCGGCCGCCGCCUGGGACGCCGUCGAGAACAAGGAGAUGGAGCAGGUCGUCGAGCUGUACGGCAAGGUUUAUCAUCUGUGGCAGGUCGAUCGCGGUGACGAGCUACCGUUGGGUGAGCCGCAGCUCAUGACUAGUUUUACGGCGCCGGGACAGUUUGAUUUUGACAAGCACGUCCGGGAGAGGGAUCAGAGGUUCGGUGUCGACUAUGAGAGGAAGGCGGAGGCUAGGAAGGAUAUACCGGAGCCCCAGGUUCAUCCCGAUGCCGACGCUGCUUGGCAAAAGCAUAGUCCUUGA